AUGUUUGCGGUUCAACUUCUGUCUGUUGUGGUGGUGGGCACCAUCAUCUGGGCACUUUACCGGCUAUCGACCACGACCACGCCUGCAGUUCCGGAUGGUUUGAAACCACUCCCAGGGCCCAAGGGCUAUCCAUUCCUCGGCAGUGUCCUGGAGUUCCCCAAGACGUUCUCUUACCACAAGUUCAAAGAGUGGUCAGACAUAUAUGGGCCGAUUUUCCAAGUCAAUAUCCUGGGCGCCACUCAUAUUGUCAUCUCGGAUGUUGAAAUCGCAAACGACCUUCUCGCUCUCAAAGGCGCCCAAUACUCGGACCGCCCGCCAAUUGUGAUGCUUCAUGAGCUCGUCUCAGGCAAUGGUAAUCUCGGCACCAGCCCUCUCAAUAAGUACUGGCGAAACGCGCGUAAACUGGCAGCAGCGCGGUUAUCCAGUACUUCCCUUGAAGUUUGGGAUGGCGUGCAAGUCAACGAAGCCAAGCGUCUCGUCAGGGACCUCAUUAAGGACUGCAGCAGCUAUGAAUACCUCUUCGAAAGGUACUCAUCACUGGUCAUGCUGCGGAUACUCUACGACAAGAAAGUUCCCUCGGUUGAGGAAGCCGAUCAUGUGAAGACGAUCACCAAUAUCGUGCGAACACUCGAGCGGACUGGCGCGCCAGGGACAUAUUUAGUCGAUUUUAUCCCUCAGUUGAAGUAUCUCCCAGAGUGUCUUGCUCCCUUCAAGGCAGAAGCAAGGGUACUCCAUAAUUAUGAGUAUACUUACUUCCUAAGUCUCUUCCGCGAAGCCUUGAGGCGUUAUCGUCAAGCAGGUGGACGACCCAAGGAUGGACCUCAGGCAAUGGUCGACGCCUUUCUAGAGAAGCAGGAUACCUACGAACUUUCAGAGUUCGAGGCGAUAUACUGCAUGGGGACCCUCUUCGAGGGCGGUUCUGGCACGACGUCUUCAUCAAUGCAGUCCUACUGCCUCGCCAUGUGGCACUAUCCUGAUUGGCAAGCCAAGGUUCAACACGAGAUCGACGAGGUGGUCGGAGAUCGGCUGCCUUCUUUCGAAGACUGGCCCUACCUUCCUACUGUGCGAGCUGCCAUCAAGGAGACCUUGAGGUGGAGGCCUGUUGUUCCGGGAGGCAUUCCUCACUUGUCAACGGCGGCAGACAGCUACAAGGGGUACUACAUCCCCAAAGGCGCAAUCAUCCAUGCGAAUCAGUACGCCAUGUUCAAAGAUGAAUCAGUUUAUCCGGACCCGGAAUCCUACAACCCUGACCGAUGGCUGAGACCCGAGUUUCCGACGUAUCAAGAGCCACUCACCCAGUUCCCCAAUCUGAAGCGGUACGCGGCGUUUGGCUUUGGGCGACGCAUCUGUCCUGGUCUCUUGGCUGCCGAGCGCUCACUUUUCAUCGAGGUGACAAUGCUCAUGUGGGCAUGCAGUGUCGACAAGAAGCUCGACUCGUCAGGCAAUGUCAUUCCAGUUCCAUGGUAUGACUACAAACCGGGGAAUAACACGGGGCCAAAACCAUUCGACUUUACCUUGAAAGUCCGCAGUGAGAAACGUUUGUCGUUACUCGGCAGUAUAUAG